CUGUUUGCAGAAAGCAUGCCACAAAUUCAUAACAGCGUCGGCAACCCGAAAUGACAGCUGCUUGCUUGCUGCGACUGCGUGCACUGCAGCGAUUCGCUUCUGAAAAGCGAAACACAAGCAAAAGUAAUCUCAGGCAAAGCUCUUAACAUGGCCAGGCAAUGGGUGGAGCAGCGCCCCGCAGCACGCCCCCAGCCUGCACCUGUUUUUUAGUAGCCACGGCCUGCCAGGGACGCCCAGCCAGUCCCGAUGCAGUCUCCCGCGCUAGCGCCGUCACGUGGCGCAGACAUCGCCAUGUCCUGCGGCUCCUUAGCCCAUACAACCUGCCCUUCAUUCUGCAUGCGGGUACCAGCGCCCAGCGCCCCGCCCCGCCCCAGCCCAGCCACCCAAGCCACGGCCCCAACCCCGCCCGGCCCGGAUCCGUAUCCCCAUCGGCGUCGUCACUCGGCCCGCGCUCCGCCGUGUGCCUCUGUGCCGCCGCACGGGCUGGUGGUCACAGUGCCGGAGCCGCUGCCGUCGGCGGCGGCGCUGCCCGAUGAGCCGCCGCUGCGCUCCGAGCUCAUUGACCUGACGCGGGCCGUACAGCGCUGCCGGACCUGGCAGCAGCUGAGGCGACUGUACUGGCGUGUGCGCACGCGCCAGGGCCCCAUGAACAUGGUCGGCUUCUUCACACGGCUGGCGGCGCUGGUGGGGCCGGGCCUGCCGCAGCUGCUGGGAGAGGAGGGGGAGGAGGAGGCGAUAAUGGUGACAGCGGAGGGACCAGGGCAGGAACUUAGAGUUCCAGGGCAAGAGGCAGAGGACGGGGCAGCGGCGGGCAGGGAGGCCGGAGCUGGGAAAGCGCAGCGGAGCCGUAGCCGGGGGCCUGAGGGCAGCCCGCGGGGCCAGCAGGGGCCGCCGGUGCCCUCGGGGCCCCUGCAGAGCCACGCGGAGCGCGCGGCGCUGCGGCAGCUGGUGGUGCGCAUGAUGUACGACGCAUGCAGCUUCACGCGGGAGCACGCCGCGGCCGACCUGCUGGACGUCAUGCGGCGCAACCCGCUGCCGCCCUGGAACAUGCCCGCCUUCGCCGCCUACACGCAGCAGCAGGUGGCGGCGCUGCAGGCCGCACACCAGCGCGGCGGCGCCGGACUGGGCACACGGGCUGGUGCGGGCGUGGGCGUGGGUGCAGGUGGGGGUGCUGCUGCGGGGCGACAGGUCAGCUUCUUGGAGUGGCUGCGGGAGCACCCGGAGAUGUGGGAGCACCCGUACGAAGCCAUACUCGACGAGCACGUGCACCACUGGCGCGCCUCGCCCGGGGCCGGUGCUGGCACCACUGGUGCUGACGGUGCCGACAGCGCAUACGGCAGCGGUCGCAGCCGCAGCAGUAGCGGCCGUAGCGGCGCCGGCGGGACGCGGUCGCGGCAGGCGCCGGUGUGCUACGGCCCACACGAGCUGUCGGCGCUGGUGUGGGCGGCGGCGCGGCUGCGGCUGCCGGGCGCGGUGGCGGCGGAGCACCUGACCUGGCUGCUGGACGACCUACUGAGCGCCAGCUUCGGGGUCAUGCCCGACUUCGAUGGUCGGCAGCUGUCGCAGUUGGCCUACUCGCUGUCGCAGCUCGGCCCCCUCGCGGUGCCGCCGCCGCCCUGGCGCCGGGCCUUCCUGGCAGCCAGCCGCCGCCGGCUCUUCCAGAUGGACGCACAGUCCCUGGCCAACCUGUCACACGCCCUGGAGCCGCUGCGCCUCAGCCCCGACCCGCCCUGGCUGCGAGACCUGCUGGCCGCCACCGGCGCGGCCAUGAGCAUCACCGGGCCCGGGCAGGGACUCCGGGGGCAGGGGCAGGGACACGGGGGGCAGGGACAGGAGCAGGGGCAGCAGCGAUGGGGUCCAGCGCAGCGCCCCGGCACGCUGCGGCCGGCGCCGCCUGAGCUGACGCAGCUGGCGUGGGCUUUGUUCUCCCUGCGCCGGAGGCUGCACCGGCCGAGGGACUGGGCAGAUGAGCUGCUGGCGCUGUCAGACACGGUGUUGCGGGCAGGUGCGCCACUCGCGCCGCCACCGCCGCCAUCAGCGACAGAGGGCGCAGCCGGCCGGGCUCCUUGGAGGCAGUCCUCAGGAGCUGGCGGAAGCACUACCAGUGCUUCCACCACCAGCAGCGCAAGCACGGUAAGCAAUGGCAGCGGCAGCAGCAGUGCGGCAGCCGACGGCGGCCACAACCCUUAUGCGCCACUGGGCGCUGUGGAACUGAUUGAGCGGCUACAGCCGAUGCUGGCGCCUGCGGGUGCUGUGCUACAGCCGUGGCAGCUGCAGGAGUUGCGGCGGGAGAUGGAGGCGGCGUGCCUCAGGCCAUGGCCGCGGCUGCCCCCGCCACCGCCACCACCACGACGCUGGGCGAGUGCCCCUGCUGCCCUUGACGAGGCGCCCUUGGACUCCGAUGUUGCCGACCCUGGCAGCUCGGGUGCCUGGCAGAAUGUAGAGCUGGAAUCUGGGGCUGGUGAAGACGGCGCCUGGAUCGACGGCAGUGAUGCGCAGGCACUGGUGCGGUUGCUACAGGCGCAGAGCGAGCCGCGCAAUGUGCUGGCGCUGUGGCUGCUGCAGCAGCAGCCCGCGGUGGUGCUGCUACUGCGCCGCUCUGUAGGCACGGCUGCAGCUACAGCCCCUGGCGCCGGGCCGGGCAGCGAGCCUGGGCCUGACUCGGAGCCGGCUUGGCUGCUGGCGGCGGCGGCUGACGACUCGGACACGGAUGCGCUUGACGUGCCUGGCGGGCUUGGACGAGGUGGUGUGUCUGGUGGAGUGCGGGCGGUUGCGAGUGGGAUGGUGAGCGCAGCCGCACAGGAGCAGGCUUGGACACUGGACCACCACUCGGGCGACGUGACGGGCCGUGACGCGGAGGUGUGGGCAAGUGUGCUGCGCGGCUACAGCCAGCAGCAGCAGCAACAGCAGCAGGUCCAGCAAAACCCAAAGCAGCAACAGCGGCGGCAGCAGCGGCUGCUGGACCGGCUGCAUGUGGGCUGCUGGCCAGGGCCGGAGUGGCUGGAGGCGCUGGCGUCCGCGUCGGCCGCCCAGCUGCGCAGGUACAACUUCCGCGCCCAGUCCCUGGGUAUAAUCUUGUGGGCGCUUGCGGACCUCGGCUACAGCCCCCAGCCGGGCUGGUUGCAGCCGUGGCUGCGCCGCGCGGCGGAGCUGGAGCAGGAUUUCCGAGCACAGAACCUGGUGAGCCUGCUGAGGGCGCUGGCCAACUGGCGCGAGCUGCCCGAUGGCGUUGCCUCAGCCGCCCUGCGCCGCUGCGCGCUGCGGCUGUUGCCGUCCAUGCCGCCGCGGGAGCUGCAGCUGACGGCGUUGGCCCUAGCCCACCUGGCAGAGGUGCCGGCAUCACCGCCGCUGCCGGGCGCCAGCUCCGCGCCGCCACCCUCCUUGUUCGAUGCUCGGAAUGCGGAGCCCGACCGAGGCACUGGCGCUGGCGGUGACGGCGGCCGUGUGGCGGGGCGAGGCGGCCAGGCGCAUGGUCGAGGCGACCGCAGCGGCCGUGUUAGUCGCAAUGGUCGUGGCGAGGAGCAGUCGGGCCCGGGGCUGUUUGUGACGGCCGAGGAGGCUGGGGCGCGGCAGCUGCAGGCCUCAUCCCCGUUGGGCAACAGUGCUGCGGGAGCAGCCACAGCUGCUGCUGUCAGUGCGGGCGGCGGUGGUUCUGGCAGUGGUUUGCAGCCGCAUCGGGUCCUGGAGCGGGAGGUCGGCAGGCUGAUGUUGGCGCGGGCUGUGCAGGUGUCACCUGCAUACCGCCCACACCACCUUGCAAGUCUGCUGCGCACCCUGCUGGCGCUGCGGCUGCACCUGGCGCCGCCACCGCAGCAGCCGCGCUCCAGCCCCGCUUCUGGCGGCUCUGGGCGGAAUCCCGGCCCCGACCCCAGGCCAGGGCCGGCGCGGUCGGCUGCAGCGAUCAGGUCUGAUGUCGAGGCGGCAGGAGCCGACGGGCGGCAGGGCGGCCCGGGACCGCUGGACGCAGCGGCGCUUCAGGCGCUGCUGCUUGCGUCGGUUCCAGCUCUGGAGGAGCUGCAGCGCAGCUGCAACGGCGGCAGCGCAAGCUAUGGCUUAGGCGCCGACGCGGGUAGGCCGCGGCCGCAGCCGACGCAAGGAUGGCGGGCCACGCGGCGGUCAGAACUGAAAGAGCUGGGUGCAGCGGCGCUGGAUGCAGCUCGGGCGGUGGUCGCUGCGACAACACCUGUUGCGGAGAAGCGCGGGAGCAGCGAGCGCGAUGGCGACAAUGCAGGGGGUGUCGCGAGUGAAAAGGACGGAAGCGCGGGCGGGGAGCUCGCAGACCCGGAGGCGGUGGCCGCCGCUCUGCUGCCGGUGCGUUGGUGGCGGGCGUACAUGGCUGCGCUACGAGCCCUGGAACAGUCCGCAGCCGGGUGAGCGUCAAGGUGUUGUGUGAUGCGCAUACAUGCAUACAUGCGACACCGCAGUCGAAAGGCCGCGGGGCCGUCUGCAGCUGCCGUUUCGUCUUUACCGGAAGUUGUUGGCCUCCAGGGCGACGCCGCGACAGAGAAAGAACAUGUUAACAACUUACUAACAUUUCUGUGUUUACAUGGUAUCAAGCCAUGUGAGAGGACAGUGUAAAAUUUUAUUGGGAGUUUCAGCGCCUAACGGUUUUGGGUCGCUCAAGUCACGAUUGCCGCCUGCAAGUCUGGAGGCACUUAAAUGAUGCAGAGGGUACUCCACAUAUGUUUAACGGCGCCAUGCUGCAUGUUGCGCUGCGAGGAACCUUGGAGGCGGGGGAAGCGGGGCGCUAUGCGAUUUCUGUCACAGUAGCUUCGCUCGAGGGUCGCUCGGUCUACGAGAUGCAUUGCAAGAAUGCGACGACAUUGUAGGGUCGUGGACGUCGACAGGCAUUGAGUACUUUCAGGUGCAUACGGUAGUGUAACGUGAGAUUACCGCAGGGUGCCCUUUUCCUCAACACCUCGACGUAAGCGUGUAUCAUUCGGGAUGCUUUUGCGGGUCUCUUUGUGUAUGUAGAGAAAGCAUUUUUGUGGGUGCAAAACGAAGGCAUGCUGAUCGUGGCUGUGGCUGCGCUGGGCGUCUUUCGAAAUUCU